CUUCCUGCAGGGAACCCAAGGCUUCAGAGAGCCGAAAGGUUGGGAAGCGUGACCACUCACAGGCCGGAAGUGUCCGGGUCGGAAGCGUUCGGGUAACCGAAGAAGUACCAGGAUUUCCGAAGCGAGCCGAAGCAUCGCGAUAGUUUUCUGAGAGAGCUGGUCGGUCGGAGCUGUAGCGCCGAGCACAGUCAUGGCGGCGGCCGGAGCUGCUGCCCCGGACGAUGGCGAGGAGCCCGCGCCGGAGGCUGAGGCUCUGGCCGCGGCCCGGGAGCGAAGCAGCCGCUUCUUGAGCGGCCUGGAGCUGGUGAAGCAGGGCGCCGAGGCGCGCGUGUUCCGCGGCCGCUUCCAGGGCCGCGCGGCGGUGAUCAAGCACCGCUUCCCCAAGGGCUACCGGCACCCGGCGCUGGAGGCGCGGCUUGGCCGGCGGCGGACGGUGCAGGAAGCGCGGGCUCUCCUCCGCUGCCGCCGCGCGGGAAUAUCUGCCCCAGUUGUCUUUUUUGUGGACUAUGCUUCCAACUGCUUAUAUAUGGAAGAAAUUGAAGGCUCAGUGACUGUUCGAGAUUAUAUUCAGUCUACUAUGGAGACUGAAAAAACUCCCCAAAGUCUCUCCAACUUAGCCAAGACAAUUGGGCAGGUUUUGGCUCGAAUGCACGAUGAAGACCUCAUUCAUGGUGAUCUCACCACCUCCAACAUGCUCCUGAAACCCCCCCUGGAACAGCUGAACAUUGUCCUCAUAGACUUUGGGCUGAGUUUCAUUUCGGCACUUCCAGAGGAUAAGGGAGUAGACCUCUAUGUCCUGGAGAAGGCCUUCCUCAGUACCCAUCCCAACACUGAAACUGUGUUUGAAGCCUUUCUGAAGAGCUACUCCACCUCUUCCAAAAAGGCCAGGCCAGUGCUAAAAAAAUUAGAUGAAGUGCGCCUGAGAGGAAGAAAGAGGUCCAUGGUUGGGUAGAAAAAUGUGUAUGACAGCCACACACAGUGAAGCUCUUUUUUCAAAGUAAAUUGAAGACAUGCUAAAAGUAUGAGAUGAGAUCUAAGUAAAGGUGUUAAGAUAUUUUUAAGUGGUGUGUGAUCGUGCCUGUGGUGUCAUUAUCAUCUGCACUUCACUCUACUCAAGAGCUUACUAUGUGUCUAAGUCAUGUUCUAGGCAGAAUUGGGUAUUUAAAGUAAAUCUAGGACAGGCUUCUCCCAGACUGUGACAUGUAUGUCUCAGAUAUAUGGGUGUGGCGUUGAACCACAUAAUGAGAAUGUUACUCUCUUUUUAGUCCUUGUGAGACAAGGAUGAAGUCUCAGUGAUACUCACUGAGCUUACUGGCCCUCUGACCCAGUGUUUUCUUUGUUGUGUACAUGAUAUGUUUAUUUUGAAACCAGUUUAAUGGGAUACAACCAGCAUUUUUAAAAAUGAAAUAGAAUUGCAGCGUAGAAAAUAUCAGUGUAUUGUUUUAUGAAACUUUCACAUGUAUAUGUAGACAAGGAUAUGUACUGAGUUUUGAUGUCAAAUAUAUUUCUCUUUCAGGGUCAUGAUCAAAAAA